AUGUCCGAGUCAAACUCCAUUAUCCUUUACGACUUUCCACGCAAAGGACCACAGAAUAUGUCCGACUCUGAACAGAGUUGGAGCGGAAAUACGUUGAAAACGCGCUACGCUCUGAACAUCAAGCGCCUCCCGUACCGUACCGAAUGGGUCAGACUCUCGGGAGUGGAAGCCAAGAUGAAGCCUCUCGGCCUCAAGCCUUCUCAGCCUGGCCCGAUGCCUUAUACGCUGCCCACAAUCAUGGAUACCUCCACUGGACAAGUCAUCAACGACUCUUUCGCCAUUGCUCAGUAUCUGGACAAGACGUACCCGGACACCCCGAUGCUCAUUCCUCCAGGUACCGCGGCGCUACAACGCGCAUUCGUCGACAAGGUCGUGACGCAGCUUCUGUACGAAGCCGUUCCGGUGCUCAUGCGGCCGGUGUACACCAAAGGCUGCCUCGACGAUGCAGAUGCGGCCCAUUAUCGCAGGACGCGCGAGGCUUGGUAUGGAGGAAAACCGUUGGAGGAGAUCAUGAAGAUGGGAGAUAAAGGGCUGGAGAAGACAUGUGAGGCUUUCCGCAAGGGAUUGGACGACAUCGAGCGGUAUGCGAAGGAGGCGGGAGGGGGUGACCACUUCGUCGGUGAAGAGGGGCCUUGGUUCGCAGAUACAGCCGUCGCCGCGGCGUUGAUGUUCACGCUGAAGAUGUGCGGGGAAGAGCACGCGCUGUCAAAGGUUAUCCUAGAGCAUGAAUGGGCGAGCCAGUUUCUCGUGAAGUUUCAGAAGUGGAUGUGA